AUGGCAUUUGGCACUAAAGCUGAUAAAGAAUUCAAGUACGCUACGGUCCCAGCAGAUAAGCUAGACCUUAAGGGCCUCAAGGUCGCAAUCAUAGGCGGAACCGGUGGGUUGGGUCAAGGCUUGAGCCGGUUUUUCUCUACAAAGGGUGCUGAAGUUACUGUCGUUGGAAGAACUUUUAGGGAUACGGAUUUGGAAAAUGUCCAUUUCAUCAAGGCGGAUCUGGAACUGAUGACAGAAGCUAAACGGGUUGGUCAAGAACUAUCGAAACGACCACUCGAUUUGCUGAUUUUGAGUACAGGCAUCAUUGCUGCAAAUGUGCGCCAGGUGACCUCCGAAAAUCUGGAGCGCGAUAUGGCCGUCAGCUAUCUCAACAGACUUGUUAUUUUGCGCACGCUGGCACCUUCUCUUGCGGAUACUAAGGCCGACUAUCUGAAAUCGCCGCGUGUAUUCAUCUUUGGUUUCCCGGGCACUGGAAAAACAGGUGAAUUGGAGGACCUGAAUUCUGAGGGCAAAUACAGCACUAUGAAGACACACAUGAACACCGUUGCAGGCAAUGAAGCACUUGUGCUUGAUAGUGCGCAGCGCUACCCCAAAAUUGGCUUCUACGGACUCAACCCAGGCUUGGUCAAAACCGCAAUCCGCGACAAUUUUUUGGGACAAGGAAGUUGGAAGUCCUGGGCCGUAGAAGGUUUGAUCGGGUGGUGGUACCCAACUACUACACAGUACGCCGAGAAAAUAGCCCCUAUGAUGGUGGCGCCAGAACUGAAUGGCAGUGGUCCUAGAUUCUUUGGUCCCGCAGCCGAGCCGAUUCUUCCUUCUCAGCAACUCACACCGGAAUACGUGAGAAAAUUCAUAGCCAAUUCCGAGAAGCUUGUGAAAAACACAGGUGUAACGCUGGAGUAG